AUGUCCCUCCCGACCAUCCAGAACCCCUUCGCCCCGGCGCAACCGACCUUCGAGGACGAGAUGUGCUCGAUGUGCCCGUCCAUGACCUACCAGCAGCGCCUGAUCGGUUUUUGCAUUUGUUGUGGGUGCGGCUACGCUUUGUCUUUCAUGGGCACGCUCAUGUUACUAUCCAAGGACCCCUGGAAAAAACGAGUCACGAAUUUUGCAAUCCUAUAUGUUUUUGGCAACUUCAUCGCCAUCGCGGCGACGGGCUUUCUGAUUGGGCCACGACGGCAGUGCAAGAAGAUGUUUUCCAAAACUAGGAGAUUUGCCUGCAUCUUCUGGCUGCUCAUGCUCGUGGUCACGUUCGCGCUAGGUUUGUCGGGCGUCGACGUGGGCUGGGUUUUAUUAGCGUUGUUUAUUCAGGUCUGCGCGGGGAUCUGGUACUCGGCGUCGUACAUCCCGUACGGGCGGCGCAUGAUCAUCAAGCUGUUCCAGGGGACGUGCUUCGCGCCGUGCCCGCAGGCGUGCGACCCCGUGAUUAAACAUGCUACUUAG